AUGGAGUUGUCACCACCACAACCAUCUCCACCCAACCCUUUCAUUACACUUCCACCACCACCACCACGUCGCCACCAAACUCCACCUUCACCUCCACCGCCGCCAUAUUUCAUUACACCUCCUUCUCCACCAUCUCCCAUUACACCUCCUCCUCCUCCUCGGAAAAACUCAAAAUCAACAUCAAGUUGUUUCAUCGUGCCUACAACUACAACCCGAUUCGAAAGGGAUUUGUCACCACCACAACCAUCUCCAGCCAACCCUUUCAUUACACUUCCACCACCACCACCACGUCGCCACCAAACUCCACCUUCACCUCCACCGCCGCCAUAUUCCAUUACACCUCCUUCUCCACCAUCUCCCAUUACACCUCCUCCUCCUCCUCAAAAAAACUCAAAAUCAUCAUCAAGUUGUUUCAUCGUGCCUACAACUACAACCCGAUUCGAAAGGGAGUUGUCACCACCACAACCAUCUCCACCCAACCCUUUCAUUACACUUCCACCACCACCACCACGUCGCCACCAAACUCCACCUUCACCUCCACCGCCGCCAUAUUCCAUUACACCUCCUUCUCCACCAUCUCCCAUUACACCUCCUCCUCCUCCUCAAAAAAACUCAAAAUCAUCAUCAAGGUUAUAA